ACUCCUCCUCAUUAACGCCGUGGUUCGACUCGGGGCUGCGGAACGAGGAGCCGUUGAGUCCAAAACCCGGUGCCGUACCGCCCGUUGAGGAGGCACGCGAUGCUGUAGCUCGCAACCUGCUGACUGCCGGCGGCGCCUUCAAAGCUCGGAGGUGAUGCUCCCGGAGGCUCUGCUGUGAUCACGCUUCCCACAGACGCAGGACGACUGUUGGCGGCGAGCCGGCGGGUCGCGACAAGAUGACGUCGCCGUCGCCCACACACAGCGACAGCAGCGGCUCCUCCAAGGCCGACGCGCGGCAGGAUAGCUGGGAGAUCGUGGAGGGGCUGAGGGGGGUUCCUGCCAGCAUCCAGGAGCCUGACAGACAGGAAGGCUUCCUGCUCAAGAGGAGGAAGUGGCCCAUGAAGGGAUGGCACAAGAGAUACUUCGUCUUGGAGAGAGGCAUCUUGAAGUACGCGAAGCACGAGGCCGAUAUGCAGAAGGGGAAGGUCCAUGGGCGGAUAGAUGUGGGCCUCUCGGUUAUGUCCAUCAAGAAGAAAGCCAUGUGUGUGGAUCUGGACACCGAGGACAACAUUUAUCACCUGAAGGUGAAGGCUCCGGAGCUCUUUGAGGAGUGGGUGUCAAAACUGCGUCACCACCGGAUGUUUCGGCAGAACGAAAUUGCUUUGUAUCCUCACGAGAGCUACCUCUUCCACCCCCACGCCUCAUCCUCACCUUCGGUUAAUGACUCGCUUAGAAAAAGAGCGACUCUCACCAAGCAGGCGUCUUUCCACCACUCCAAGGUCAGCUCCUGGCUCCACUCUUCAGAGGAGAUGAACAAGUGCUCCAAAGAGCUGGAAGAAUGCGAGUCCUACCUGCUGGAGCUCAACCAGCUGCUGAAGAGCAUGGAGGUCAUGCACCGCACCUACUCGGCUCCGGUCAUCACCGCACUGCAAGCGUCUACUUAUGACAUUCCCAAAAAGGAGAAGAGGCCCCGGAGAUGGCGCUCUAAGAACAACGGCAAAGAAGCCAAAGCCACGCUACAGGUCCCAAGCUGCAUCUCCGCCCAGUCCCCUCGCCUUCACGCCUCCAAUCCCAACCUCCCCACCACAGAGUCGGCCACGCAGGAGGCCUGCCCUCAGUCUCCAGACUCUCCGACAGAGGUGUCACUUUUGCAGCAGGACUUCUGCCGACUGGCCAACAACAUUCACGUUUCACUCAAAUCAGCAUACAGCUCCUUGGUAGCAGAGAGGGACAGGCUGAAGCUCACCAUCGACCUGCAAGCCCCCCAGCCCCCCGAAGUCAUCGGCCUCAAGAGCCGCUAUGCUUCUGAGGGCACAGGUUCCCCGCUCUCCUUGGUCCACCAGGCGUCCAGCGAGAGCAGAGUGUCUAUUCCAGAGUCCGUAUCCGAGUUCUUCGACGCUCAGGAGUACCUCCUGUCUUCGUCGUCGUCUGAGAACGAGGUGUCAGACGACGACUCUUACAUCAGUGAUGUCAGCGACACCAUCUCCAUGGAUACCUUCGAUGGAGGCACCGCAAGACACAACUCCGUCAGCAGCGAGGUCACCCUGGCUCGCCGUCGCACCACGCUGCCGUCCCCCUGUCCUUCCAGCAGCGUGAGCCUGUGGAACAUCCUGAGGAACAACAUCGGCAAAGACCUGUCCAAGGUGGCCAUGCCGGUGCAGCUCAACGAGCCAAUCAACACCCUGCAGCGGCUGUGUGAGGAGCUGGAGUACAGCGACCUCCUGGACACCGCCAACCACACGGAAGACCCCUACCAGCGCAUGGUGUACAUCGCCACUUUCGCGAUAUCUUCCUAUGCGUCGUCCUACUACCGAGCCGGAAGCAAGCCCUUUAACCCCGUCCUGGGAGAGACGUACGAGUGCGACAGACCCGAUAAGGGCUUCAGGUUUAUAGCUGAACAGGUGAGUCACCAUCCACCUGUCUCAGCAUGUCACUCCGAUUCAAGGAACUUCUGCUUUUGGCAAGAUGUGCGAUGGAAAAAUAAAUUCUGGGGAAAGUCCAUGGAAAUAGUUCCCAUGGGAACCACACAUGUCACACUACCUGCCUUCGGGGACCACUACGAAUGGAACAAAGUGACGUCCUGCAUCCACAACAUCCUCAGCGGCCAGCGCUGGAUCGAGCACUACGGCGAGAUGGCCAUCAAAAACACCAACAGCGACGUCUGCCAGUGCAAAGUCACAUUUGUCAAGGCAAAGUCCUGGAGCUCCACAGUGAACGAGAUAGAGGGCGUGGUCACGGAUUCCGAUGGAAAAGUGGUGCACACCAUUUUUGGGAAAUGGCACGAAUCCGUGUUUCAAGGAGACCCUCCUUCUGCCACCUGCAUCUGGAGAGCGAACGCCAUGCCAGUGGAGCAGGAGCAGUACUACGGCUUCACCCAGUUUGCAGUGGAGUUGAAUGAGCUGGACUCCUCCUUGAAACCCCUGCUGCCCCCCACAGACACGCGUUUCAGGCCGGACCAGAGGCUGCUGGAGGAGGGCAACAUAGACGGAGCCGAGGAGCAGAAGCAGAGGCUAGAGCAUCUCCAGCGGGAGAGGAGGAGAGUGCUGCUGGACAACAACAUGACCCAUCAGCCGCGCUUUUUCAAGAAGUCCAAGGACGACACGUGGGUGAGCAACAACACGUACUGGGAGAUGCGCAGAGACCCCGGCUUCAGCAAAAUGGACUUCCCGGUGUUGUGGUGACCUCUGGGUUCGAACGGAAAACUGUUCUGAAACGUCCAAAAUAAACCUAGACUCGUCAGCAAUCAGGAGCUGUGACCUGAUUAACAGGAACCUUUUCUGUGUCACAGUGGCCCACAUUCACACGGAGCUCCCGCUUCCCGUUUUGAAACAAGCGUGCCCCGGGGCCGGCUCUGUAUUUCAUCGCUGUUUGUGGACGGUUCCUGCUUCUAACUGUAACAUACACAAAGUCAGAGUAGACUAAAGGUGCAUAUGCGCGUGUUCUGCUGCUUUUCACCAUUUAUCAAAGUGCCUUUUUACUGUAGCGCUGCACUCAUAGAACUGCUGGAACGGUUAUGCAAAAUGAGCUUUUUUCUCCAGAGACGGACCGCCAGCCGCGUGGCGAGCGGACAAAGACGCACCAGGAGGUCAUAGCCCACUUCUGUGUUCUUCUAUUGUGUCCAAAUCAUGACACAAGGACUUUAUGAUUUUUUUUUUUUUUGUUUUGUUUCAAAUCUAAAAAGGAAGUUAUGCCUUUUUUUUUCCCAGUAUGCUGCCUUGUUAUGAGCAUUCAUGUCUGUAGCAGGACUGUGGAUGGCGUUUUAUCUUAGGGAAACAGCACAACUACUAGAAGUAUAUAAUAAGUUUUGCAAUGGGUGGAAGAGUAAUGCAUUUUUAAAAAUGUAUUAUUUGUUACUACAUGGCUUGCUGUAUAUUCAUUUCACCUUAUUCCAGGUAAUCGUUUCACUGCGGGUUUUUUUUUUUUUAGCUUACUUUUAAUCUUCUAUAACAGCGGUGAUGGAUUUUCCUUACACAUAUACAUUGUAUAGGUGUGUUUGUGGGGUUGACCCAUGCAGCGGGUCAGAGGUUUUCUUUGCUAAAUUGGCCCCUCCUGUAAUUGCCUUGACUUUAUUUUGCUCCCACGUCCUGCUGCUACUGUAACCUCCAACAGCUGCUGUAACAUCCUGUGUCCUUUUACUAUUGCAACCAAAAACCUCA